GUGCCGGUUACUUUCGAGGACGUCGUGGUACACUUCAGCAGGCAGGAGUGGGCAAGCCUGGACGACGGGCAGAAGGAGCUGUACAGGACCGUGAUGGAGGGCAACUACGAGACGCUGGUGUCCCUGUACUGUGCCCUAUCCAAGCCUGAACUCUUAUCUCAGAUCGAAAGAGGAGAGGUGCUGUGCACACCAGCGGAGUCAGACCUGGAGGGAGCAGAUGUAUUUCUGGAGCCAGCCUUAGAGCUAGACCGUCUGAGCUGUGCGAGCGACGAUGGUCUGCUGGAGAUGCGGACAAAGGAGUCUUGCGAUGGGAACUGUAGGGACCAGGAAGAAAGCAGGAGCCUGGCGGUCAGAGCGAACUGCAGUGCACUAGAUGCCGAGGUGGGGAUCCCAACAGAGGAGGUCGCUGCAGAGAAGCUGGCAGUGCCCGAAAUGCCCUCCAAGGGUCUGGAAGAGGAGGAUGUGAAAGAUUCGAGGAAUGGUGGCCAAGGUCUGGCAGCAGACGUUCCCGAAGAGCUGGGUGUCUGCAGAACGACGGCACAGGCAGAGCCCAGCUGUGCGGCCGCCUCCCCGGGAGAGCCUGUGGAGGGCUCCUGCGUGGGCCGGACUGCGGCCUGCCAGCGAAACUCCACCCGGGAGAAAUUCUUCUCCUGCCCAGUGUGCAGGAAAACCUUUCUGCUGAUACCAGGUGUCUGCAGAACGACGGCACAGGCAGAGCCCAGCUGUGCGGCCGCCUCCCCGGGAGAGCCUGUGGAGGGCUCCUGCGUGGGCCGGACUGCGGCCUGCCAGCGAAACUCCACCCGGGAGAAAUUCUUCUCCUGCCCAGUGUGCAGGAAAACCUUUCUGCUGAAGAUCAACCUCGUCAUCCACCAGCGGAGCCACAGCAACUGGGUGCCCUACAUCUGCACGCACUGCGACUGGAGCUUCAUGUCCAAGAAGAAAAUGCG